UUGGACACUGUCAUAUAUUUGUAUUAGGAAAUUCACUAUAUAUUACUCUCUUUGUUUUAAUUUGUUUGUCUGGUUUUGAUUUGAUACGGACUUUAAGAAAAUAUAGAAUUUUUUUGAAUCUUGUGAUUUUAAACUAAAGAGACGCAGAAUGUACCAAAAUAUUAAUCUUGUGAUGUUAAACAUGUCAGGUAGAAAGUGAAAAUUAAAGAGUUGUCCAAAAAAAGGAAGAAACAUUAUUUUUGAAAUGUACUAAAAAAGAAGUAAGACAAACAAAUUGAAAUAAAUGGAGUAUAGAUGUGUAAAUAUUUAGCUGCAAACCCUGUAAAUAAGACGGGUUAUGUGUUCUAUGGCAAAUUCAAAACCCAUAAACUUAAAAGAUGGGUAACUAUGCCUAUCAAAUAUUAGCUAAGAUGAUAAGAAAUAUCUAGUGUUUUUUGGUCUCUAGGAUUUGGACCGUGGUCUAUAACUGUUUCACAACCACUAGGCCACGCCCUUGGCUGAAAGAACAUUCAGCUUUGAGGUUGAAAACUUUACAUUUGGUCAAUCACAAACAGAAACUGUUAUAACCUAGUUUGAUUUUGAAGAGAAGAGGAUUAGUCAGUAGAAAGCAUAUUAGAUGUCUCAAUUCUAAAAACGAAUGAAGUUAGAAAUAUUUGACUGAGCAAACAAGAAAACUGUAUAGCUGACCCCUGAUACGGCAAAAUAGCCCUGUAACUUUGGGAAAAGGGGUGCCUCCUCACAAAGGGGGUCGCAAUGACCAGGACCGAACGACAAUUUACCAAAAACACAAUACUGCAUGCAGUCAUACAACUAAGCCAUGUGAACGAAAAGAUAUAGCUGUAUUUCCCUUUCAAUAGUUUGUCUCAACUAGUUCAGGAUUGAACAUUGUUGUUGUUUACUAACUCUUGAUGUUUUCCACUAAAUGACCGAUUGAGAAUUACUGCUUUUCUUUUUCUGAUAACUUUGAAAAGUGUUGCAUAGUUAAAAAAAUUUGCAAAGUAGGGACCUAAAUACAGGAACUUCUACUUAGAGUCAGAGUCAGGCCACGACUUAUGAUGAAAGGGGAAUGAAGGACGGUUCAUUUGUUGAAUAGACAGCUGAUAGAGACGAGAUUAAGAGGACGGAAUAACUGCGAAACAGAGAUGGAAAUGGAUGACAGCAAAGGUAUGGUUUGUGUAACUGGUGGAACAGGAUAUCUAGCAUCAUGGCUGAUCAUGAAGCUUCUUCAACAUGGCUACUCAGUAAAUACUACGAUAAGGUCAUCUCAAGGCUACGAAUUUUUAAUGCUGAUAUGGACAAACCGGAAAGCUUUAGUGCAGCUAUUGAAGGAUGCGUUGGAGUAUUUCACGUUGCUCAUCCAAUGAAUUUCGGGGAUAAAGAAAUUGAACAUGAAAAGAUAAGAAAAGCAGUUGAUGGAACAAUAGGCGUUUUACGGGAAUGCCUCAAUUCAAAAACAGUAAAACGAGUUGUUUACACUUCAAGCAGAACAGCGGUUGUGUUUAAUGAUAAAGGAUUAGAUACAGUGGACGAGAGCUUGUGGUCUGACAUCCAUGUCAUGAAAACCUUAAAGCCUAUAUCCGCAGCUUCUUACGUGAUUAGCAAGACUUUAGCAGAAAAGGCUGCUCUUGAGUUUGCUGAGAAGCACGGAUUAGAUUUGGUAACCGUUAUUCCUAGUUGGAUACAUGGUCCCUUCUUGAGUCCUCUAUUCCCAGAGCCGUUACGAUCAGCCAUGGCAAUGAUUUAUGGUAAUCAGGAAAACUGUAUGAAGUAUCCCUCGCUUACCCCAUUCGUGCAUAUAGAUGACGUUGCCAAUGCGCACAUAUUCCUUCUAGAGAAUAGUAAAGCAAAGGGAAUGUACAUUUGCUCUGCUGUUGAAGUUACACCAGAUGAGCUGUUUAACUUCCUCUCAGCUAGGUAUCCUGAAUAUCGAAUACCUAACGUCGAUUCCUUGAGGGAGAUUGGAGGGAUUAAGCAUCCUAGCCUUUCAUCAAAGAAACUUUUGGACAUUGGAUUCAAAUACAAGUAUGGACUUGAGGAAAUGUUUGAUGAUGCAAUUGAUUGCUGCAAACAGAAGGGUCUACUCUAGUUUGUACUGUCACCCUUGUCUAAUUGACACCCCUUUGGACCCUUUGGAGAAAACUUAUAUUUCCUCCGCUUCAAUUUAUUUGUCCGGAAGACUUUUGAAUUUUGUGGUCUUAUUAAACUGAAGAUAUGUAGAAUGUACCAAAAAAUAUUUAAUAUGGUCUGAAACAUGUCACGUGGAAAGUUAAAAUUUA